UGGAAAUGGUAGAGUUUUCGCUCCGGGGGUUAAUUCUUGAAGAAAUACAGCGAUUCGCACAAAUUUCAAAAAUUUCCUCACAAACGGUCACCUUUUGAUUUUUUGGAUUUUUUUAAUUUUGAAAAAAGCUGGUCAAAAAACGACUCUUGAGGUGUCACUCGGGUCAUUGCAUGUCAACUCAACCAAAAAAAGGCGAUUUUGAAAGUCAUGUCUUUCGAUUUCGCUCAAAUUUUUUUUUACAGUAUACACCCAUCCAGUAAGUAAGAACCCCGCAAUUAGUUUGGUCCCAGCCCCAUCAGGGGGCGGGUGGGGGGCUUCCAUUAUUUUCACAUUGUCUCGAGGUACUCACCUUCGGCAGCCCAUUUCUCCAAAACUACGAUACUUUGAUCAAAACUGAUUUCACAGUUCGAAAGGGCAUUGCAUUUAGAACUUUUUAAGCACUUUUAAAUUUUCAAAAGUUGAAAGUUGUACUUUCAAAUUGAAAGUUGUACUUUCAAAUUGAAAGUUGUACUUUCAAAUUGAAAGUUCAAAUUUCAAAAUGGCGCUGUAAGUGGGAGCUACCAUUUAAAAUUUUGAAAAAAUUUCCAUAGAUGUACCUUUUUAUGCUUUUUCGAAAUAUUCAAGUUUCGAGAUGGAAUCUCUUGGUGGAGGGUGGACACCCCCACCCCGAUUUUGGGCGAAACUUUCGAAAGAAAAUCUGGGGCAUGUGAUAUGUCAAAUUCUAUGUUUUUGACGACGCUGAACACGAAAAUGACGUCAGAUUUUUGAUAGGACCCCAUCCAUGGCCCCCAGCUCCUCCCCAAAGGGGGUAAAAAUUCAAAAAAGUGUUUUGUACGUGCGACACAUGGAAUUGUAUGUUUUUGGUGACGCUGAACACGAAUAUGACGUCAGAUUUUUGAUUGGACCCUCCCACGGCCCACAGCACCUCCCUAAGGGGGGGUAAUCCUCCCAAAAAAGGAUUACAUUCAUGUGACACAUGAAAUAGUAUGUUUUCGAUAUCGCUGAACAUGAAUAUAGCCAUAGUUUUUUAAAUCGACCUCACCCAUGUCCCCCAGAACCUCCCCUAAUAGGUAAAAGUCCAAAAAAAUUGUUGGAGUUCAAAAUUCUGGAGAAAUUGAAAAAUCGCGCUGAAGAAUUCAGAAUGGCGGGAAAUUGUGAAAUUUGGAUUUGGGGGGUUCGUUUUGGACAAAAUACAGCGAUUCGUGUGAAUUUCAAAAAUUUCCACACAAACGGGAAACUUUUGAUUUUUUGGAUUUUUUAAUUUUGAAAAAGGCUGGUCAAAAAGCCACUUUUGAGGAGGCACUCUCAAAAUCGGCUCAAAUGUUGAUAAACUCGUUAAACAGAUCGAGUGUAACAUAUGUACCUACAACUCGAUUUUUAGCUGCCCAACUUCAUAUUCACGCCUUCUGGAGCAAAUUCAAAAUUCUGGAGAAAUUGAAAAAUCGUGCUGGAGGCCCCAGAAUGGCUGGAAAUGGUAAAAUUUUGAUUUGGGUAAUUAAUAUUAGUUUUGGGACUUAUUUUGACCAUUUUUACUGAUCAAGUUAGUACUUUUUUUAAAAAAAGUAGAAAUCGCCAAAAACAGUCAAUUUUGAAUUUUUAAAAAUUCGCCUAACCCUGGUAAGUUGGAGCGAAAAUGAAGAUGAAAUUAGGACUGGGUCUAUACCAUUAAAUUUCAAGAUUCUUGCAAAAUCGGUCAUACAUAUAUUUUUCUAAUUUUCUACAAAAAAAAGAUUUUGUAAAAUGUUUGUAAGUGUCAUGUUGAUAUAGUCGGAAAUGGAAAGAUUACUUAAGGGAGAGAAGGAAAUGUUUGAUUUCGUACUCAGUGAGGUUUGGAAUUAUUCCUUACGUGGGGAAUAAUUGCCUGUUGCCAGCUAGCUCAGAAGGCUGUAACCUAUCAUUUCAACCAUACACAUUCAAUGUUCAUAGUCUUCAAUAAAAACGCUGUUUUACUUAAACUAUGUAUUUACACUAUUUACAAAUCGUCAUAAACAUACAUCGUGUGCAAUUAUGUUUUCACAUAGCAUUUGACUGAAUGAUAUUUGGAGACGUAAAUGACUUAACUCUACCUAUAGAGAGAAAGCCUGCUACGAGUUAUCUGAUUUUUACGAGAAUCAUAACUUCGCCCAUGCCACUCGCAGGUGGAAUAGGACAUGUGAAAAAUAUACCUAUAAGGCUCCUAAUAAUAUAAUGAGGUAUUCAUCUAAUUAAGGUCGUUGCACUAGACAAUUUAGUCAGACGUACAACGACACAAAAAACUUAUAAUUAAAUAGUAUACACAUAUUACUACUUACAGAACACUAUACGCUUUUUCCAUCUCUAUCGGUGGCCUUACCCAAUAAUAAAGGCGUCGAUGGAACUUAACUAAACGAGACCGCACGUAUCACUUUGCAUAAUCCGAAUAUGUCGCGAACAUAACGAACUACCAAAAAAGACACUAUUUCCGAUCACGAUAAGAUCGAUUAAAUAUAAUAAAACGAAUUAGAUUACCUCGCUAGAAGAGGGUACAAACAACCAUAGCUUGAUUGACAAUCUCCCCUUUGGGGAGACAUUAACGAUCUAUUAUAUUAACAGGCGACAAGGAAUCAACUAACGCGUAUUGCCGAAACCAAGUAUGAUAAUGAUAAACGAUCGAUAAGAUGCAACUUUUACAUUGCUGCGAAUUAGAUACAUCUUUAGAGAUGCACGCGAAAAGCACGACAUUGCACUAUUCCUAAAGAAAUACAUACUACAUGACUGUGAAGAAAAUACAACUGAGGAUUUCUAUGAAGAAAUCAUUAAUAUAAGGAGUAUGUGGCAGCGAGAUCCAUCCCCUAAAGGGUGGUGGUAUGUGCGUAAUUUGCUAUGUACAAGUACAAAGCUCAUAAAUAAUUAUUUUAAACCCUAUCUUCGAUCAUAAAUGUCAUCACGACGCGAGCCGCGAGAUCAUUAAUUAAUUGACCUGUCACAGGGGGUGGAAUGCCGCCACAUACGUUGCUAACUAAAGACAUCAUAAAUCUGUCAUUCUAUCGUCCUUGUCGCGAACUCCUUGAUAUAGGGGGUUCGGACAACGACCUGACGUCAUGUACGUAAAGUACAGAAGAAUGCAAGAUUUCUAUUUUUCUAAAUAAUUUACACACGUUCCCAAUAUUUUCAAUAUAAGGGGUCAGUAAAAUAUGCACUACCUUCGGCAGUGGGGCCAAUCUGCCCUAUGUCAAUGUCUCAUGUCAUAGUUUUCGAGUUAUAAAAAAUGUUUUCUAACAAUUCUGGGGAAAAAACUGAGAAUUUUAGAUGAUCUUUCUCCCCGAAUAUUUCGCAUUAAAUAUGCCAAAUUAUUUAAAGAUAUUAUAUUAUAAUUUUUGAAACUGGGGAAAUAUUUUGGAACCCGCAAUGGUGCCAGUUUUUUUGGUCAUUAUUGCUAGGUAGGUACCUAGGUACUUAAUCAUUUCAAUAAAUCGGGAAAAUACCGAGAUUACAAUCUUGGAAAAUGCUAAUCUCGAUGUUCUGUUUUGUUCAGAAACACUACGCGUAUAAUUUUGUCGGAACCGAUGAUAUGCCAACCAAAGUUUGGGAAGUAACUUCUACAUUGUCAUUAAACUACACCCUAAUUCUCAAAAACAAGGAUUCUUUCAUGGGCAUGAUAAGAGCUGACCACUAUAUUCGAUUAUACAGUAGACUGACUGAUCAACCUCUAACUUUGUACUCUGGUGUGCAUCGAACGAAAGAACUACUCAACAACGACGAUAAAACACAUUUAUUAAAAAUAGUCUACAAAUUAUUUACUCCUCUUACGCCAGUAGACUUAUCUUGGAGGGUGAUUACCACAAUCGACGAAAAACAAGCCAUCGUCCUAGUGACCCAACAUUCGUUCAAGAAAUGUAGCAAAUUCUAUGUAUGCGAUAAAAAUUCGAUCACUAUGGUGAAAGAAUACGAAAUGGGAGGCUGUACAUACACCUGUUCGUUGAGUUGGUCGACGAUUGAAUUGUUGGGAUUACCUCAAAAGACAUCUAAGGAUGAAUUGGAUCUUACCAUUAACAUCACCAAAUCAACGCAGGUAUCAGAAUUCACGUUGGAAGAUGGCAAGGAGUCAUCAGAAUCAGAUGGAAAAUUGACCACUCGUGUGACUACUUUGAUCGAUUUCAUGAAAGCUGAAAAUGUUCAAGAUGCAAUAAGGGAUGCUAUUGCUAAGGCUCAUGUAGCGAAAAAUGUGCAAAAUGAAGGUGCACCAGUUGGUCAAGUUUCUAGUGACAGAUUAUUGGAGCAAGGAAUGGGGCAGGGGAAAUUGAAGGGUAAAUAUUUGUUACAGAAUAGUUGAGUGGUUUCUGAAAUUUUUUUGUCAACCAAAUUCUUACUUUUUAAAUAGGUUAAUCGAUAUUGUUGAAAUUUCAUUAUUAUGCUCAUUUUAUUUUAUUUUCAUGACGUAUAUCCACAAAAAAAAAAGAUUUUCAAUCAUUUGGUAUCAAUCAUUUGGUCUCAAAUGUUUUAUGCAGCAGAAAAACCCACACCAGUGGUUUGUCUCCAGCCUCCUCAAGAGAAAGGGAUGAAAAGAUUAUUGUUAACUCCCGAUCACAUACUGGGUACCUGCAGGGUAUCUGCCUAUCUAUUAACUAAUCACUCUAAAUAUUUC